GGGAGAGGGCUCCAGAAACGUGCCUGAGCUGUGCCUGGAUGCGGGGUGCGCAUCCUUGUUGGGCUGCCAUCAGCGAGGGCUCAGCUGGGACGGGCGCCCCGGGGCCGGGCCGGCCCCCAGGGAAGGUGCGCGGUGCCCUCCCGCUGCAGGGCUCUGGCCGCGGAUGGGCGGUAGGAACCGUGCUACGUGGCAGGGUAGCGGGCUGCAGUUUGUUUCUUACAGCUUCAAAUAAUUUCGCUGUUUCAUUUCGCUAGAAAUGAAGUUAGAAAAUUGCCUUAAGUGCCCGGCGUUAACUAGGCUUGAAGGAGGACACGGGGUUUGCUUGGCGUUCUUGGAAGAGUCCUCUGUGUUGAAGUGAUUAUCUCUAAGUUUGUUGCCCAGAAGAAGUUUAUGUAACUGAGGAAGAUCUAGGUGCAGAGUCUUCCUUAGCUAAACCCUUAUGAAAAUUUGGAGGCAGGCUGGAGCUUGCAGCCAAAGGCGUAUUGAUUAUUUACUUACCAAAGUAUGUAGUAGUUACAUUUUGCAUGGUUUUCCUCCCACGGCAGGUAUUUCUUAUGUAAAAAGAAACCCAGCAUGUUUCUUCUUCUAUUAAAUUGAAAAAUCUUGUCGGAAAACCCAAAAUCCUUAUCUUGUUUACAUGAUGUGUUUCUUAUCUCAGGACCAUCUAUAGUCAAGAUGUUCAUAUGGGUACAAGCGAUAAAAAAGUAAACUGAAAGAUGGUCUCGUGUUUACUGCUCACUGGAUCAGGCUUCAGUUCUCUUCAUAAGCUUAAAUCGUCCCAGAAGGACAAGGUCCGCCAGUUUAUGGCAUUUACCCAGGCUGGUGAAAGGACUGCUAUAUACUGCUUAACACAGAAUGAAUGGAAACUAGAAGUGGCAACAGACAACUACUUCCAGAAUCCAGACUUGUACUACAAAGAAUCCAUGAAAAAUUCAGUAGACAAGAAGAAAUUAGAACAAUUGUAUAAUCGAUACAAAGACCCACAAGAUGAAAAUAAAAUUGGCAUUGAUGGGAUUCAGCAGUUCUGUGAUGAUUUAAGCCUGGACCCAGCCAGUAUCAGUGUUC